UCCAUCAGUGUUGUGCACAGCAGAAUUCAACACCAGGGUCCUUUUGAAAUCACAAACAGCUGCACCGACAGCUCAGUGUUGGUCAAAGUCACUGUCCCCUUUCAGCAGAGCUGUAGGAAGAGGCGCUCCAAUCAAUACUCUAAUUGAUACGCUGCAUCUGACAGGAAUUGGAAUCUUAACCAAAAGCUUCCAUCAGUUCUUUAAAGUCAACUUUUGGGGGAGCUGAGCAUUGGCAACAUGACAUCACUGCUGCCUCCUCUUGGCGCUGAGGUAUUCAUUCGUUUUACACCAGCCUCACUGGAGAAAAUCCAACAACGACAUGAGGCUGAGGAGGAGGAGCUCCAACGGAAGAAGGACAAGAACAUUGAAAUUGCCGAAGAUGAUCUUCCUAAACCAGCCAGUCAUUUGGAGGCAGGGAAGCCCUUGCCCUUUAUAUUCGGAGACCCACCUCCAGAGUUUCUCAACAUCCCGUUAGAAGAUCUAGACCCAUUCUAUGGAUCACAAAAGACCUUCAUCGUACUCAGUAAAGGAAACAUAAUCUACAGGUUUAAUGCUGAGCCAGCGUGUUACGUUCUAACUCCUUUCAACCCUUUAAGGAUCUUUUCUAUUCGGAUCCUCAUCCAUUCGUUGUUCAGUUUGUUUAUCAUGCUGACCAUUCUGACCAACUGUGUCUUCAUGACCAUGAGUGACCCUCCAGCAUGGAGCAAGACUGUCGAAUACCUAUUUACAGGCAUCUACACUUUUGAAGCAAUCGUCAAAGUUCUUUCCAGAGGGUUUUGCAUUGGAAACUUCACCUUCCUCAGGGACCCCUGGAAUUGGCUGGACUUCAUGGUCAUCAGCAUGGCAUAUCUGACAGAGUUUGUUGACUUGGGAAAUGUUUCAGCUCUGAGGACGUUCAGAGUUCUUCGAGCCCUGAAAACCAUUACGGUCAUCCCAGGUUUGAAGACAAUUGUUGGAGCUCUAAUCCAAUCAGUGAAGAAGCUGGGCGACGUCAUGGUCCUAACUGUGUUCUGCCUCAGUGUCUUUGCUCUGAUUGGUCUCCAGCUUUUCAUGGGAAACUUGAGACAAAAGUGUGUGCUAAUGCCCUCGGAUUUUUCAAGCUCAUCUGAUGGCUUCAACAGCAGUUUCUAUGACAAUGACACAAAUGGAGACAACAGCACUGGCUUUGACUAUCAUGAGCACAUAAACAACCCAGAUAAUUAUUACUACCUUCCUGGUCAGGCUGAUGCACUGCUGUGUGGAAACAGUUCUGAUGCUGGGCUCUGUCCAGAUGGCUACACCUGUCUCAAGGCAGGGAGAAACCCCAACUACGGAUACACCAGCUACGACUCUUUUUCUUGGGCAUUCUUGUCUCUAUUUAGACUAAUGACCCAGGACUUCUGGGAGAACCUUUUCCAGUUGACACUGCGAGCAGCAGGAAAAACCUACAUGAUUUUCUUUGUGGUAGUCAUCUUCCUUGGCUCCUUCUACCUUAUCAAUCUUAUCCUGGCAGUGGUUGCCAUGGCAUACGCUGAGCAGAAUGAGGCCACCAUGGCUGAGGCCAAGCAGAAGGAGGAGGAGUAUGCUCAGAUUUUGGAGGCAUUGAAGAGGCGAGAUGAAGAGGUGACCUGCAAAAUGUCACUGCUCCAGAAACAAAACUCUGACCCUCAAAGAAAGGAUACAGUGGAAGAAUCAAAGAGCACAGAGCAAGAAAACGUCGCUGUGGAUGGCUAUGAGGAUGACCAGAGGCCCUGUCCUCUGUGCUGGUACAAGUUUUCUGACAUCUUCUUGAAGUGGAACUGUUGUGGCUGCUGGCGUUGGCUAAAACAGCUGCUGUACACCAUCGUCAUGGACCCAUUUGUUGACCUCACUAUCACUAUCUGCAUUGUUCUCAACACUGUCUUCAUGGCCAUGGAGCAUUAUCCAAUGACAGAAAACUUUGAGGAGCUGCUGAGCAUUGGAAAUCUGGUCUUCACUGGGAUUUUUACAGCUGAAAUGGUCCUCAAACUUCUGGCCUUGGAUCCAUACUACUAUUUCCAGGUGGGCUGGAACAUCUUUGAUAGCAUCAUUGUCACCAUGAGUCUGGUGGAGCUGGGACUGGCCGAUGUUGAGGGCUUGUCAGUGCUGCGAUCCUUCCGAUUGAUGCGUGUCUUUAAGCUGGCGAAAUCCUGGCCUACCCUCAACAUGUUAAUAAAAAUAAUUGGGAAUUCAAUUGGAGCUCUGGGGAACCUUACUUUGGUUCUUGCCAUCAUCGUCUUCAUCUUUGCUGUUGUUGGCAUGCAGCUGUUCGGAAAAAACUACAAGGACUGUGUCUGCCUGAUUGCAGAAGACUGUAAACUUCCACGUUGGCACAUGAAUGACUUCUUUCAUGCUUUCCUCAUCAUCUUCAGGAUUCUAUGUGGCGAGUGGAUUGAGACCAUGUGGGACUGUAUGGAGGUCGCGGGUCAGACAAUGUGUCUCAUUGUCUAUAUGAUGGUCUUGGUUAUUGGAAAUCUUGUGGUGCUUAAUUUGUUCCUUGCCUUAUUGCUGAGCUCGUUCAGCGGGGACAACCUUUCAGCUACUGAGGAAGAGGGAGAAAACAACCUGCAAAUAGCCAUCAAUCGAAUCAACAGAGCUAUUUCUUGGACCAAAAUCUGGAUUCUGAAGCGCACCGACUCUUUUGUACAAAAGAAAACACACAUAACAGAACAGAGCUGUGCAGGGGAUGUAGACGAGGACAGAAAUAAUGAGGCUUUAGCUCUGACCUUCGUGUCUUCAGGACUGUCAGCCCCUCAAGUCAAAGACGCCAGAGAUUACCAGAGUAACAUCACCAGCAACUACCAUAACAUCACUUCUCUGAAGGUUCCCAUUGCAGAGUCAGAGUCUGAUUUGGAAAUCCCUGCAAACGAAGAUGAGGAGGAAGAGGAGGAGGAAAAAUGUCUUUCUGAAUGUGAGGAGUCAUCUGUGUGCAGCACCAUAGAAGAAACUGUGGUCGUUGAAGUGGAAACAUAUGAGGAUACAAACAUUCCCGAAGACUGCUGCACUGACAAGUGUUACAGUCGAUGUCCAUGUCUGUAUAUAGAUACAUCCCAUGGCAGAGGGAAAGUCUGGUAUAUUUUUAGAAGGACCUGCUUCUCCAUCGUUGAGCACAACUACUUCGAGACGUUCAUCAUUUUUAUGAUCCUCAUGAGCAGUGGAGCUCUGGCAUUUGAGGACAUUUACAUGGAGCAGCGUCGGGUCAUCAAAACAAUUCUGGAGUAUGCAGACCAAGUGUUCACCUAUGUGUUUGUGGUGGAGAUGCUUCUCAAGUGGGUUGCCUAUGGAUUUACGACAUACUUCACCAAUGCCUGGUGCUGGCUAGACUUCCUCAUUGUUGAUGUGUCCCUGGUAUCAUUAACAGCAAACAUCCUGGGAUACUCUGAGCUAGGAGCCAUCAAGUCUCUGAGAACUCUGAGAGCUUUGAGGCCCCUGAGGGCUCUGUCUCGAUUCGAAGGCAUGAAAGUCGUGGUGAAUGCGCUGGUUGGAGCCAUACCAUCCAUCUUCAAUGUUUUGCUGGUGUGUCUGAUCUUCUGGCUCAUCUUCAGCAUCAUGGGUGUAAACCUGUUUGCAGGAAAGUUUUACUACUGCUUCAACGAAACCUCUCAGGAGAUUUUUCAACCUGGAGCCAUCAACAACAAGACUGAGUGUUUGGCUCUGAUACAUGAAAACCUGACAGAUGUCCGAUGGAAGAACGUAAAAAUCAACUACGAUAAUGUGGGAAUGGGCUACCUUUCACUGCUGCAAGUGGCCACAUUUAAAGGUUGGAUGGACAUUAUGUAUGCAGCAGUGGACUCCAGAGAGGUGGAGUCUCAGCCAAUGUAUGAGGAAAACCUGUAUAUGUACAUAUACUUUGUGUGCUUUAUCAUCUUUGGCUCAUUCUUCACACUCAACCUCUUCAUCGGAGUGAUAAUUGACAACUUCAACCAACAAAAAUCAAAGCUUGGAGGAACCGAUAUCUUCAUGACAGAAGAACAGAAGAAAUAUUACAAUGCCAUGAAAAAAAUGGGCUCCAAGAAGCCUCAGAAACCAGUACCCCGUCCUGAGAAUCAUUUUCAGGGUUUGGUCUUUGACUUGGUGACCAAACAAUUCUUUGACAUUUUCAUCAUGGUGCUGAUCUGCCUCAACAUGGUGACCAUGAUGGUGGAAACAGACGACCAGACCCUUGAGAAGGAAAUUAUUCUUUACUGGGUCAACCUGGUCUUCAUUGUCAUCUUCACAACAGAGUGCAGUUUGAAAAUCAUCGCCCUUCGACAGCACUACUUUGCUGUUGGCUGGAACAUUUUUGACUUUGUGGUGGUCAUCCUGUCUAUUGUGGGCCUUCUGCUGGCUGAUAUCAUAGAAAAGUACUUUGUCUCUCCCACACUGUUCCGUGUGAUCCGAUUGGCUCGCAUCGGCAGGAUCUUACGCCUCAUUCGUGGAGCCAAGGGGAUUCGGACUCUGCUCUUUGCCCUGAUGAUGUCACUGCCUGCCCUCUUCAACAUUGGGCUUCUCCUCUUCCUCGUCAUGUUCAUCUUUUCCAUCUUUGGCAUGUCUAACUUUGCCUAUGUGAAAAAAGAAGUCAUGAUUGAUGACAUAUUUAACUUUGAAACUUUUGGGAACAGCAUGAUCUGCCUCUUCAUGAUAACGACGUCAGCUGGAUGGGAUGGUCUGCUGAGUCCUAUUAUGAACACACCACCAGACUGUGACCCAAAUUUUGAAAACCCCGGCUCACUGGUGAGGGGUAACUGUGGCAGCCCCGCAGUAGGCAUUGUGUUCUUCACCUCCUACAUCAUCAUGUCUUUCCUGGUGGUUGUGAACAUGUACAUCGCCAUCAUCUUAGAGAACUUUAAUGUGGCCACUGAAGAGAGCAGUGAGCCACUAAGUGAGGAUGAUUUUGAGAUGUUUUAUGAAACCUGGGAGAAGUUUGACCGUGAUGCCUCACAGUUCAUACAUUACAAUGAGCUGUCAGCAUUCUGCGACGUUCUGCAGGAUCCUCUGAGGAUUCCCAAACCUAACAAUAUCAAGCUUGUCACCAUGGACUUGCCUCUAGUUCCAGGAGAUAAAAUUCACUGUUUAGAUAUACUGGUGGCUCUAAUCAAAGAGGUUUUGGGUGACUCUGGAGCAAUCGAGACUCUAAAGGCAAGCUUGGAGGAGAAGUUCAUGGCCAACAAUCCCUCAAAGGUGUCCUACGAACCAAUCAGCAGCACUUUGCGAAGAAAACAAGAGGAGGUGGCAGCAGUAACAAUCCAAAGAGCUUAUAGGAGACAUCUCCAAAAGCGAUCCGUCAAACUAGCAUCCUGGAAGAUCAAAGACAAAACUCAAAAUGAGCUGUCACCUCAGGAGGAAGAUGGACUUCUUUCCAAAGAAACUAGUCAGUAUCUUGGAGGCCCUGAGAUGGUUUCUGGCAAUUUAGAUCAAGAUGGACGCAUGCAGGUGAAACUUCAAAGUGAGUUUCUCCUCCAUGCAGCUCCCCCGUACAACCUCCUUCAAGAGAGUCUGAAGGAAUCGGCUGUUUAAGGCUGGUUAAGCCCACCCUGAUUUGGAGCAACCUUUUUGUUAAUUCACAGGGACAAGAACCUCUAUAAGAUGUGAACCUGAAAACCGUAAAACUGAUGCAUCAGUGGAUCCAUAAGCCAAACUUUUUCAUGCAUAGAACUGUCUUCUUGCUGCUCAUUAUCAGAAAAGUUUAGUUAUUCAACUUUCAGAUAGAUGUUCUGCAGGAACCUGCUUUUUGUGCUGCUCUUAGAUUUAGGAGGCAAGUUCCAAAACUGAGACGAAAUGGUUUUUUCAUGUCACCUUUGCACAACACACCUUAAACACUUUUCUCUUCUCAGCUUCCUCUCCUCUUUUACUUUCCUCGCCCUUUGAUUCUUUAUUUCGGCGUUCAUUUCUCUAUGUUGCUCUUCCUCUGUCUUCUCUCUUGCCCUUUAUUGCUAUUAAUUCCUCUCUUCAUUAUUGUUUCUAGCUCUUCCCUUCUUUUUCAGGCCUAUUUUUGCUUUCCCACACUUUUCCUCAUCCUUCACUCUUCCUUGCUUAAACUUUCCACAACAUAACCAAGGAAACUGAAAAAAUGAAUCGGUCAGAACCUCUUUGUUUUUCAUCUUUGGUGUUUGGAUUUUUCUGCGCUUGUUUCAUAACUUUUAUGAUUUGAUAUUUGUUUGCCUAAUAGUGACUUUUUGUUUGACUUAUAGCUCUACCUUUACUGUUCAUUUUUCUACAUGUGAGUCCUUUAGAGCUGCCUCUCUCUCUGCUCCAUGUUGGAGAUCUUGUUGUAAUUUAUUAAAUAAUUUGCAGAUCAUCUACAUCGUUUCUCCUGAUAUGAUCCAAACCUCCAAGUGAAGGAGGUUACUCUGACCCCCUCACAAAGAACCAAGGCUUUAGGACCAGAGCCUCAACCUGGUACUCCCAUAGGUCAACCCCCAACCCCACCUACGUCAGAGCCUUAUUCAUUUUUGUGUCUAACCAUCUCAGUUUCAUGUUGUGUUGACUAAAUUCAAACUUGUCCUCUGUGAUGAUGAGCAGCUGAACAUCUGUGAAUAAAUUCCUGUCUGUGAGAACAAAACAUUUAACACCCGAUCGCUCCCACGUUUUCACAUCACUGUCUUCAUAAAUUCAUCAACUAAAAACUUAACUCACAUUUCCUUCAGUUUAGCAAACAAAAGUCUUUGUUUCAUAAAAACAAAGAAAAGUUACAGAGAAGCAUAGUUCUAAAGGUAAGACAUCUCUGCCAUAGUAGAAUCAGCUUGUUAGCAUCUCAGUCAAACAGACUCAGAAGCUUCAUGUUUACAUCAGAUUUGUAGAAGCUGAUCCAACGCUUUCAUCUCCUGCAGCCAGGACACCCACGAGUCUCAAGAAAGCUUCAAACCAUUCAGAACACGGCUAUCAGUGUUUGGACAAGAACUCCACUGCAUCACUGCUGUCCUGAAGACCAUGAACUGGACAAGGGACAGAAGUGUCUUUAAACACUGAGAGUCUUCUAUCUAUAUACCAAGGCUAUGUCCCACCAAGGUGGGGUAGCCUAGACAGGGCACACAAUUUUAUCUCCCUCCUUCUCUUCCCCAAACCCUCCUCCUUCAGUGUGUGUGCGUGUGUGUGUGUGUGUGUGUGUGUGAGACUGGUCUAAGGCCUGGUCUAAGCCACACCACACUGCACCAGGGUCAGCUGCACACUCCAGUGUGGGCACCUCCACAGCAGGGCCUCAGCCAAGGCUGGUUUCCCCUUGCCACUUCAUCCCAAGACCAGACCUACGGACUGAGAGUCUUAUGGGAUAUAAACCUACUGCUGUCCUUUAUGUACGGGACAAUGGCCGACAAAGUGCCCAUUAUGAGAAAUGAAUGGACGACGGACAAGGCUUCGCGUCGCACAGUUGCUUUUGCAAAGUCUGGAAGGCCAUUAUCCCGCUUAUACCAUGGUCACUUACAAAAUAAAUAAAUAUUCAAUCAGUUUUUA